GGCGCGCCAUCUGGUGUCUGAAGAAGCGCGUCACGCGCACCGGAAAAACACCUGAAGUUCAUUAUCAACCGAUCCAAUUUAUCAGCUAUCUGCGUGCAGUGUUUUUCCUCGCUAUUUACAGCAGCGUUCAUGCUCUCUGAAAUGACCAGCUGUUUCAUCGAAGAUGACUCUGUAGCUUCAAUCAGUCUGUCUGAAUUCUCCAGCUCCUCAUCUGUGUCUGACAGAGCAUGUGUUCACUGGGGUUGUGUGCUCAGUGGCUCGGAGACCACAGCUGUCUUUCAAGCAGAAAAUGACCUUCUGGAGAACCAGUUUUUCAUCAAAACGAUAUGUCUUAGUGAGGAGGCAGGAGACGAGAUGCAUAUAGUGGCCGUCUGUGACGGUGUCGGAGCUUCCAAACCAUUGCCCAUUGCCACCCUCCGCCACUGUAUGCCAAUGAUCAGUUUUCCUGGUUUGGAGCUUAUUCCCCCCGUCACCUUUAAACUGUGCUCGGGUAAAGGACCUGUGUUCAUCUCUGCUCAGCAUAUAACAUUGAAUCCCAUUGAGCUGACUGACAGGGAGGAGGAGGAUGAUGAGGAUGAAAGCUUAUUUUGACCCUUUGAAAAAUAUUGGGCGGUGAUUGUGCCAGUAUUUGUUACCGAAGCAUCACAGUGUUUGUCAACAUUAAAAACUAUUACUUAGUGUUUUAAUGCUAAUGGAAGACAGAGUAAUAAAAUACGAGUCUUAAAGUGUAAAUAAUACCACACAAUUUUAUUGGAUGUAGCCUAUUUUUCCUUAUAUGUAGACUGAGAUGCAUACCUAUUUGUACACAAAAUGUUUAAUAAAACAUGCAUUUGACUUGAAGUGUGAAAUAAAGUAUAUACAGUACUGCUGGUAAA